AUGAAUCGGAAAAGCCUCUUUCCGACAGUCAUAACUUUCCUCCUAGCCGUAAGCUGCGGUUGGUCAAACAUUUACGAAGGUUACAAACUGUACGAAGUGAAAAUCAAAUCUGGCCACGACGUCCAGCUUCUGCUAUAUCUUCAGCACCACCGUCCGAGCAUUGAUGUUUGGGCCCUGAACAAGAUCGGUCCCAAACGGGUGCUAGUCCCACCGAACCUCCAGAAGACGGUCGAAUCCUUCUGCACCGACUAUCACAUCAACUACACCGUGCAGGUGGAAGAUUUCGGAAAGAACAGUACGACCUGGAAGACACCUUCGCUGCAACUGGAAGAGCCAACGUUUCUGAAUAGCUUUCCCACGUACGACGAGAUCAACAACUACCUGGUUCAAGUCGCAACGGAAAACUUCGAGUGGAUUCGGUUCCGUAUCAUUGGUUGGUCCGUUGAAGGUCGACCAAUCCGGGCGAUCACGAUCAAUCCAGAUAAGGAGAAAACGAUCAUCGUGGACGCUGGAAUUCAUGCGCGAGAGUGGAUCACCGUGUCCACUGCGCUGUAUCUGAUCAAGAAGCUGAUCGAAGAUGGCGAUCAGUAUCGGGUGUUGCAUGAGUACAAAUGGGUGAUCGUUCCGCUGGUCAAUCCGGAUGGUUACGUUUACUCGAUGGAAACGGAUCGCUACUGGCGGAAGAAUCGUAGACGGUUGAGCGACAAGUGCGCCGGGGUGGAUUUGAACAGGAAUUUUGGUUUUCGGUGGGAUGUAGGAGCAGCGCUGUUUUCUGAAGAUUGUCAUCCGGGUUUUCGUGGUUAUGCUCCGUUUUCCGAGCCGGAAACCAGAGCACUGAGGACCGUGUUUGACAAUAAUCCGGAUGCGGAGCUGUACAUCAAUUUGCAUAGCUUCGGGGGGUACUUGAUCUAUCCGUGGAGUUUUGAGAGUGCUCCCGUACGGAAUGUGGACGCUCUGCGGCAGGUAGGGGUAAGUGCAGCGAGGGCCAUGUGGAAUUAUGGACGGCAGGAGUAUAAGGUAGGAUCAAGCGCGGAGGUUUUGCGCUAUCAGGCCAGUGGAACUAGCAUCGAUUAUGCCUACUCUGUUGGAAUAGAGCUACCAUUUGCGAUGGAGAUUGCUGAGUAUGGUUACAGUGAUUUUCAACCACCGCCGAAUGCCAUCUCGCAGAUUGUAAAGGAAUCAUUCGUGGGCAUUAAGGAACUUGUUUAUGCAGCGCGAAAGCUUAAUCAAGCCUACAAGGGUCGUUAA